AAAGACUCUAGGUAAGGAAAAGCGUCUUAAGAAUUAACCAGCGGCGGUGUUUCUUCCGCAAGAUCAAGGCUGCGGUUCUGAGUUCGCUCUCUUGGAACUAUUUUUGCCGGCGCAGAUCCGAGCGGUACUUCGGCUUCUAUGACAUCGCCUGAUAGCAGCGCGUAUGUACUGGCACUGCUACGGCAUUUGUACAUCUCCUAGCGUUUCCCUCCUAUUGGAAGACUUGGCUACAUCCAUCACCGCGUCAGAAAGAGGGUGAGCACAUGUAUGGUUUGGAAAGUCUGACGAGUGAAGCGGCUUUCGUGAGGCGCCAUUUUAUCUCAUAAAUCUCCAAGAUCUGUUGCUCGCUGCCGGUGAAUUGGUCCUUCGUGCCAUCAUGGCUGAGAGCACAUUAUCGAGUGGUGAAUCAAAAAUUGGAGAUAGUGCUGCCCUCGCAAAGCCUCUUCGCCGAUCAUCUCGGCAAACUGUGCCUACAGCGGUUGUCAAAACGCGAGAAGUAUCGACUGAAACCGCGUCUACAGGUAGCUUGAGCGAGCCAAGGCGAAACCCCAAGCGCAAGGCUGCCGAGGCUGCAAGAGAAUCUAUAGACCUCCCUGAUAAUCUGUUAGAUGAGGCACUGCGACCUCUAACUCCAGCAGAUAUCGAAGAAUGGGAAGGCUGGGUUGAGCUAGAGUCCGAACCUGCAUUCUUCAACACUAUUCUUCAGGAUUUGGGUGUCAAAGAUGUCAAAGUUCAAGAACUUUUCAGCAUUGAUCAAAGCUGGAUAGACACGCUACCAAAGCCAGUAUACGGUUUAAUAUUUCUCUUCCAGUACACUCCCGAUUUGGACGAAGAGGAGGGAGAAGAUGAGACAGGCUCACUCUGGUUCGCAAAUCAGACUACCAGUAAUGCCUGUGCUACGUUCGCUCUGCUCAACAUUGUUAUGAAUGCGCCGCACGUCGAACUAGGCGACCAGCUUCGGGAGUUCAAGGAAGCAACCAAGAAUCUCAGCACUGUUCUAAGAGGCCACGAAGUCAGUAACAACAAAUUCAUGAGAAGUAUUCAUAAUUCCUUCACCAGACGCAUGGAUCAUCUCAACGCCGACCUUUGGCUAGAGAACGCAGUAUCAGAUACCAAAUCAAAAAAAGCAAAAACAACAUCCAAGUCAUCAAAGAAAACCAGUAAGAAGCAAAGGGCACACGAUGCCUAUGGAUUUCACUUCGUUGCAUAUGUUCCUGUGGAUGGGCAUGUUUGGGAGCUCGAUGGGCUCCGAAGCAAGCCGCAUCGUGUAGGCCCUAUUGAAUCCGAUGAUGUCUGUUGGACAAAUAUCGCAAGGCCUCAGAUUGAAAGUCGAAUAUUACAAUACGAGGAAAGCCAGAUUUCUUUCAACCUCCUUGCACUUUGUGGUAGCCCCUUGGCUCUCCACUCCCGCUCCAUUGCUCAAACGAUCGCCAGUACAUGCCAAUUGGAUGACCAAAUGAAGCACAGCGCAGAAUAUGCAAAAUUGAUAGACGGCGAGAAAUCCGUCCUGGAUGCUACAGACCGGAGCCAGCUAUCCGAGUUCAAUGUCCGCAAAUCCGAUAUUGAGGAUGUGGCAUUACCAGAGGAGACGCGAAGCAAGAUAACACAGGCCGCGAAAAAUGCCGAUGACGCGUACGACCUCCGCCAGCAAUUCAUUGUUGAUACAAAAGUUGCUAUUGGAGAAUAUAGAGCUGAAUUGAUAGCCUUGGCUGAGGAUGAGCAGCGAGUCAAGGAUCGCAAGAAGGACUAUGGGCAAGCAUUACACAGAUGGGUACAGAAGCUCGCAGACAAGGGAAUUCUUCAGGAGGCCAUCGAGAAUUCAUAAAGCUACGUGCAAGACCGGGAGAAGUUUAUAGCAGAGAUGGGCAAGGGUGAUGGUAAACGAGUGGUGAAACAGCCAUAUUAAUAAAAC